AAAAAGAAUUAUUUUUCUAAACAAUUUGAACUGAACAAAGAAAACAUAAAAUGCACAUGGAAAUUAAUUAGCAAAGUAAUAAGAACAAAAAAAGAAAAUACUCAACAUACAAUCAAGAAACUGCUGCGUGACAAUAGAAUUUAUAUAGACAAGCAGAGUAUUUGUGAUCAAUUAAACAGCCAUUUUAUAAAUGUUGGAAAUGGCCUAGCAGAUAAACUACCAAAACAUGACAUAGACCCUUCAGUGUAUUUAGAUAGAACUAUGACACCAAAUGGUUUUAUGUUCCGUGGCAUUUGCCCGACUGAAGUAUAUGACAAAAUAAUGAGUUUGAAAGUAGACAAGUCGGCAUUAGAUAUUCCAAGAAGAUGCAUAAAAUAUGCAGCAAACCAUAUAUAUGAGGCAUUAAGUGUGGUUUUCAAUCAAUCUCUAUUGCAAGGAACAUUUCCGGAAAAUUUUAAAGUUUCAAAAGUCACACCAAUAGAUAAAGGGGGUGAGGAGAUGGAUCCUUUUAAUUAUCGACCUAUCUCUACACUCUCUGCACUAACCCAAAUUUUCGAAAAAAUCAUUUGUGAACAGCUUGUUAAUUACUUGGAAAAGCAUAAAAUCCUAUACGAGUUCCAAUUCGGCUUUAGAAAGGGACAUUCAACCUCACAAGCCAUUGCAGAAAUUGCUGAUAAUUUACGUAAUGCGAUAGAUAACAAUUUGUAUUCCUGUGGCGUGUUUUUGGACUUUUCCAAGGCGUUUGAUACGGUGAACCACACAAUUUUACUUAAGAAAAUGGAACGCUACGGGAUACGCGGCGUGCCUCUCCAACUUUUUGCAAGCUAUCUCACAAAUAGACAGCAAUAUGUACAGAUGGGAAAUACAAUUUCGUCAAAGCAAACAAUGACGUGCGGUAUUCCACAAGGGAGUUCCCUAGGCCCGGUAUUAUUUUUAAUCUACAUAAACGAUUUACCAAACUGUUCAAAUGCUCUAACAUUUAGAAUAUUUGCAGACGAUACAAACGUUUUUGCCUCAGCCCGCAACCUGAAAGAUCUUGAGGAAAUAGUUAACUCUGAACUUAAAAAAGUGAAAAUAUGGUGUGAUGUAAAUAGAUUGUCAAUUAAUUUCACUAAAACAAACUUCAUGAUCAUUAAAUCGUCAAAGAAAAAAGAUGACCAAGUAAGUAUCAAGAUUGAAAGUGCAGACGGUACAAUAAAUGUGCUGCAAAGGAAGCAAAAAAUAAAGUAUCUAGGUGUCUUGCUUGAUGAAACGAUGUCUUUCAAUCACCAUAUUUCAUACAUCUGUACAAGAAUUGCGCGAAACAAUGGUAUUAUAUCUAAGCUGAGACAUUAUCUAACUCUUCUACAAAUGAAACAAAUCUACUACAGCUUAAUAUACCCAUAUAUCUCUUAUGCAAUAUUAGCAUGGGGGAGUGCAUACAAAACACAUAUUGAUAAGAUACAAGCUAAGCAAAACCAUUCUGCUAGGCUUAUUUUCUUUGCCACCACGUAUGGUGAACACACAGAAAGUGCACUUCCCCUACUAAAUUUAUUAGACGUUCUUACGGUACAUAAUGUUUAUCGAUUUCAGAUUCUAAAAUUCACGUACCUCUGGCAUAAAGGCCUCCUGCCAAAGCUGUUCUCAAACUAUUUUCAAUAUGCCAGUAAUGUCCACAAAUACAAUACCAGAUAUGCAUCGAAACAGAAUCUUUACGUAAAAAAAGUGCGAACGAAUACGGGGAAACAAACAAUCGGAUAUGCUGCAUGUACCAUCUGGGACAAAAUUCACAUAACUCUUAAAGAACUAAACACAUACCAAUUCCAAAAACAAUUGAAACCUUAUUUGCUGUCAGAAAAACAUAGUUACAUUGUAUUUUAA